CUCUCACUGCCGUUCUGUAGUAAAGUUUUUUCGUGUGUUUGUGGAGCUGAAGAUGGCGGCUAGCUCGGAGCGCAGUCCUCCUCCUUUCCCGGACUCAGAGGAGCCCGAGCUGCUGGAGGAUAGUGACGAGGGCGCGGAUGCGUUCACGGGCACGUCAAUCUCUGAAAUGGAUUCUCCAUCACCGGUGGACAUAACCGGACCUCCUAAAGACAUCUUCAAUGACCUAUCAGAAGAUAUCUUGAAUGAUCCUCUGAUCGACACUAAUUCUGAAACCCAGAAGAGUGUUGACGCCAAGAUAUCGUCUCCUGGUAGUGACGAGGCCAUCGACAUGUUCAGUGAUCCACUAGAUGAUGAAACCGACGUAAUUAGUUCCCCUGACGUCAAAACUUCAGUGCCAGAUCUCUUGAACGAAUCGCUGACCAGCAACAUCGUAGAACCACCAAAAUCUGAUGUCAUCAGUGAACCAGGCAAACCUGGCCACAGAAAUGACAUUACGGAUCGUAAGAAGGAUAUUUUCGAAGACCCUCCAAAAGACACCAGCAAAAGUAGCGGAACAACUUCUGCCAAGAAAGCGGCGAGCUCUGAGUUGUUUGGUGAUGAUGACGAUGAAGAUCUUUUUCAAGAGCCACUAAAAGCCGGAUUGAAGAAGCCCCAGCCCUCGACGCUCAGCAGGCCACCGGUCGACAUUUUCACAGAGGUGAAAUCGGAAUCGAAGAUCAAGCCUCAAACUAAAGAUGCCCCCAUGGAUCUGUUCGCAGAAGAAGCCGUAACGGCACCUGUUGCCAAACCUGCCACAAGCGCCAACUCCAGGACUAAUGGGGUUCACUCCAAAGAGCAGGAUCUCUUCACAGAAGCUACAGUGGAGUUGUCGCUGGACAGUCCUUGUAAUGACCGUAAGAAGAAAGACGUAAUGAAGCCGUCAGUAUCGACAUCUGAUGCCUCUGUGGCCAGCAGCAGCUCCAGUAAACCUCCGGCCAAAACCCUUGAGGAGAUGGAGGAAGAGGAGAGUGAAGACAAGUUUGACUUGAACAUUUCCAUCACAAAUCCAGAGAAAGUUGGUGAUGGUAUGAAUGCAUAUAUGGCCUAUAAAGUUUCAACACAGACAUCAUUGCCGAUGUUCCGGAGCAAGACGUUUACAGUACGCAGGCGUUUUAGUGAUUUCCUUGGAUUAUACGAAAAGCUCUCGGAGAAACACACGCAGAAUGGAUACAUCGUACCUCCACCGCCAGAAAAGAGCAUUCUGGGUAUGACUAAACUGAAAGUCGGGAAAGAGGAUCCGUCUUCGGCAGAGUUUGUGGAGAGGAGGAGAGCCGCGCUUGAGAGGUAUCUGCAGAGAGUUGUGAGUCACCCGUCUCUGUUGCAGGACCCUGAUGUGAGAGAGUUCUUGGAGAAAGAGGAGUUACCUCGUGCGGUGAGCACCCAAACAUUGAGUGGAGCUGGCUUCCUUAAAAUGAUCAAUAAAGCUACAGAUGCUGUCAGUAAGAUGACCAUCAAGAUGAAUGAACAAGAUGUGUGGUUUGAUGACAAGAUCCAAGAUGUUGAGAAUGAAGAACAGCAGAUGAGGAAGCUUCAUGUGAUGGUGGAGUCACUGGUCAGCCACAGGAAAGAGUUGUCGGGGAGCACGGCGGUGUUUGCGAAGAGCAUGGCGAUGUUGGGCAGUUCAGAGGACAACACGGCGCUGUCGCGAGCUCUGUCUCAGCUGGCCGAGGUGGAGGAUCGAAUCGAGCAGCUACAUCAGGAACAGGCGUCAAGCGACUUCUUUACCUUCUCAGAGCUGCUCGCAGAUUACAUACGACUGCUGGGAGCCGUCAGGGGGUGUUUUGAUCAGAGAAUGAAAUCAUGGCAGCGCUGGCAAGACGCUCAGAAUACGCUUCUGAAGAAAAGAGAAGCCGAAGCCAAACUCCUGUGGGCCAACAAACCUGACAGACUCCAGCAGGCCAAGGAUGAGAUCGCAGAUUGGGAAGCAAAGGUCACGCAGUACGAGAGAGACUUUGAAAGAAUCUCAGCCACCGUACAGAAAGAUGUCAUCCGUUUCGAUAAAGAGAAAGCUCGUGAUUUUAAAAGACAAAUUGUCAAAUACCUGGAGUCACUGCUGCACUCACAACAACAGCUGAUGAAAUACUGGGAGGCAUUUUUGCCAGAGGCAAAAGCUAUCGCGUGAAGCGGAGACCACACACACGCAAACUCACACUCACAGAUGUCUUUCUAUACUCUUUACCUCUCGCCUAUAAACCGAGAGAAAUCGUGCUACAAAGGGACGUCAUCCGUCCUGUUGCUCAAAUAAACAACUGUGUAUAUUUUCAGUGUAAUCUUCACCUUUAUUUUCUUACGAUAAAUCUUUAUUGGUCGGGUGUCGGGUUGUCUUCCUCGUCUAUAUGCAACUGAACUUGCUUUUUUGUUUUAACCGUUCAAGGAAAGGAGCUUUCAAUUCAGUUUUCACACCAUUGAGUGGAAACGGUGCACUUAGAAUGUAUACUCGUAUACAGCAAUGUCAAUGGUUUACACUAGAGGGCGCUCUACACUCAUUCACACAAAUGCUGAUAGAAAUGUGUCCAUCACAAUCUGUGGAUUCUUCCAUGGAUUUAUAAUGUUGUUUCUAUAGUUCUAUUGAUGCACUUCAAACACAAAGCAUUUAAUAAGCGCAUAGCAGAGUUUUAUAUCAAUAUCUGAGCUCUUUAACCGAAGCACUUCAGUCUUAAAGUUGGUUUUUCGUUAUCUGGAAUGUUCCUAGCUCCUUGUUCGUGAUUUUAUUUGCUUUAUUUUCUCUUUAAAUCUCUUUUGUUUUCUUCAUAUUCUUUGUUUUACAUUUCGUUUGUAGACAUUUAUGCCAACACAUUCAUUUGUGUCAAAGCAUAUUUGCAUUAUCCACUUGACUCAUGAUAGCAUGUUAUAAUUAACGAAUGUUUGCUAUGCUACUAAUAAUGCAUUAAAGCAUUUCUACAUCAUUUUUUAUACAGAUUUUGCUGCUGUAAUGACAUUACAGAGUUUCAAUGGCUGUUAAUUACAUUUUCACUUUGUAUCAUUUAAAGUUAGAAGUGUUUUUUGUUGUUGAUGUUGUUGUUGUUGUCAUUGUUUGUUAAUUAGUUCAGAUAUUUGCUUCAUAAAUGAUGUUUUGGGCCCUGUUGUAAAGACAGAUGUUAAAGAGAUAGUUCACCCAAAAAUGAAAAUUCACUCAUCAUUUACUCACCCUCAUGUCAUCCCAGAUGUGUAUAACUGUCUUUCUUCUGCAGAACACAAGUGAAGAUUUUUAGAAGAAUAUUUCAGCUCUGUUGGUCCUAUCAGUGCAAGUGAAUGGUGGCCAGAACUUUGAAGCACCAAAAAGGACAUAAAGGCAGCUUAAAAGUAAUCCAUUAGACUCCAGUGAUUAAAUCCAUGUGUUCAGAAGUGAUAUGAUAUGUGUGGGUGAGAAACAUCAAUACUCAAGUCCUUUUUAUGCUAUAAAUCUCCACUUUCACAUUCUUCUUCUGUUUUUGGCGAUUCACAAGUCAUAGUAAAAAAAAAAGUACUUGAAUCUUGAUCUGUUUCUCACAACAGCUUUCAUAUUUCUCCUGAAGACACUGGAGUCUUAUGGAUUACUUUUAUGCUACAUUUAUGUGCUUUUUGGAGCUUCAAAGUUCUGGCCACCAUUCACUUGCAUUGAAAGGACCAACGGGGUUAAAACAGCCUUCUAAAAAUCUUCAUUUGUGUUCUGCAGAUGAAAGAAAGUCAAACACAUGAGAGAAUGAGAGAAAUUAUAUUUUUGGGUGAACUAUCCUUCUAUCGUGUUACGUAACGAGUUUUAUGGCAGGGGUCCUCAUAAGGUGCCAUAAUUAAUCAAAAUAUUCUUUAUUAGAAAAAAUGGGGAGGUAUUUUUCACUCUGCACACUUCUUUUAAAGAAAACAAUAAAGAUUUAAUUACAAAUGUAAA